UGCCCUGCUUCAUAGGCUUCUUUGCAGUCUCAGAAGAAAACAAGUUCAUCGAAGUACUUGAUUUUGAUUUAGGGAUUCAUUCUCCUCAUCACUCGUCAUGUACAGAGCAGCAGCUUCAUCAUUCAGGAGGAAUCUCAAGGGUCAUGGAGGCAACUUGGGAGCCACUAGGUUUGCGACUUCAACUGCUGUAGCCUCAAGGACUUCCUCUGGUGGUUUGUUUAGCUGGCUUACUGGGGAGAGUUCUAGUUCUCUUCCUCCUCUGGACAAACCACUUGGUGGUAUUGCUCUCCCAGAUCCAUUACCAGAUUAUGUUGAACCUAGCAAGACCAAGAUCACAACUCUUCCCAAUGGACUCAAAAUAGCAUCAGAGACCUCAACAAACCCUGCAGCCUCAAUUGGGUUAUAUCUUGAUUGUGGUUCCAUCUAUGAGACGCCAUUGUCAAGCGGCGCUUCACACUUGCUAGAACGAAUGGCUUUCAAGAGCACAACAAACCGUAGUCACUUUCGAAUUAUAAGGGAAGUUGAAGCAAUUGGUGGCAAUAUAGGAGCCUCAGCCUCCCGGGAGCAGAUGGGCUACACAUUUGAUGCUUUGAAGACCUAUGUUCCACAAAUGGUUGAAUUACUGGUUGAUUGUGUAAGAAACCCAGCCUUCUUGGAAUGGGAGGUCAAUGAAGAGCUUCGAAAGGUGAAAGCAGAGCUUGGAGAACUCUCAAACAAUCCCCAGGGUUUGCUUUUGGAAGCAAUUCACUCGGCUGGUUAUUCUGGUGCAUUGGCUUAUCCUCUUUUGGCUCCUGAAUCAGCACUGAACAGAUUGGAUGGCCCUAAUUUAGAGCAAUUUGUUGCUGAGAAUUACACAGCACCUAGAAUGGUACUUGCAGCAUCUGGGGUUGAGCAUGAAGAACUUCUAUCUGUUGCUGAGCCACUUCUCUCUGAUCUACCAAGUGUUCCCCGUCCCGAAGAACCUAAAUCUGUCUAUGUUGGGGGUGAUUUUCGCCGUCAAGGUGAAUCAGGGGGUACACAUGUUGCUAUUGCUUUUGAAGUGCCCGGUGGUUGGCAAAAAGAGAAAGAUGCUGUAGUUUUGACUGUUCUACAGAUGCUUAUGGGAGGAGGUGGGUCAUUCUCAGCAGGGGGCCCCGGUAAAGGGAUGCACUCAAGGCUAUAUCUUCGUGUGUUGAAUGAAUAUCAACAGAUUCAAUCUUUUUCUGCAUUCAACAGUAUCUUCAAUAGUACUGGACUGUUUGGCAUUUAUGCAAGCACUAGCCCUGAUUUUGUGCCAAAAGCUGUGGAUAUAGCAGCCAAAGAACUAUUAGCAAUUGCAUCGCCUGGACAAGUUUCACAGGUACAGCUUGACCGUGCCAAAAAGUCCACCAAGUCUGCAGUUCUAAUGAAUCUGGAAUCUAGAAUGAUUGCUUCAGAAGAUAUAGGAAGGCAGAUUUUGACUUACGGAGAAAGGAAGCCUGUGGAGCAGUUCUUGAAGGAUGUGGAUGAAAUCACUUUAAACGAUAUCACUAAAAUUGCUCAGAAGAUCAUUUCCUCACCUUUGACUAUGGCAUCAUAUGGGGAUGUUAUAAAUGUGCCAAGUUAUGAAUCUGUGAACAGCAAGUUCCAUGCAAAAUGAAAUUGCUUGUUCUCAACCUUUUCAUCGUCAUAGUUUCUGGAUCACACAAAUGCCAACUUCCAAUUUUCAAGAGCAGUACACCCUCUCAGCAAUGCUGAAAAUAAAUCCCAAGAGAAUUUUUUUUGUGCGGAUCUGAGGAGCCAUUAUUAAGGUUCCGUGUUUGUCUUUUUUUAUAAUGACUUUGCCUAAUGUAUCAAGGUGCAUGGUCCCGUGAUAAUGAACACGUUAAUUUUUUUAUUUAUGAAUUAAUUCUCUCUCUUUUCUUAACUUUUAAAAGAGCAUAAGAGUGGUGCAUUUAUAUAAAAUACAGAAGACAUGAACCCUGUUCUUUCGAAAAUUAGUACCUUAUUUCCAUAAAUACUAAAAAAUUUCGAC